AUGAUUUCAGAUGAGCUUAGACGUCAUUUUCAAGACUGUGGUGCGAAACUAGUAUUCACCAAUCGUGAAUCUCUAAAGAAAGUGCAGAACGCUGUGCAAGAAUGCCCUUCGAUAAAGCUUAUCAUCUGCGUGGGUAGCGGGAUUUCGGCCACAUUUCCGGUCAACUGCCACCAGUGGGAGGAAGUCUUAGCAACACCUCCUGAUCCAUACUUUGCUGCUCCAUCUGUUGACGUUGAUCGAGAUCCCAUUUUCAUGCCUUAUUCAAGUGGAACGACAGGGCCACCAAAGGGAGUGAUGUUGACGCACAAAAACUACAAUGCCCUGAUGAAUAUCUAUGGGAAGUAA